AUUGGGACAAAGGAGAAGCCUUUUCUCUGUCUCGCGCCCCUCUUUCCAUCUCUAGGGUAUCCUCCAUGGCCGGCGCUGGAAUCCACCCGUAUCAUCAGCAGUGGCCGGGGGCAGCGGCGCCACCGCCUCCCGCCCCGGUCCCCGCUGCCGCACCGCCGCCGCCUCCCGUACAUCAUCCUCCGCCUCCCGGUCUUGUAGACAGCCAUAGUCGUCCUCAUUAUGACGAGCUUAGGACAAUCUUCAUCGCAGGGCUUCCGGAUGACGUAAAAGAGAGAGAGCUUCAGAAUCUUUUGAGGUGGUUACCGGGUUACGAGGCUUCUCAGGUGAACUUCAAGGGAGAAAAGCCCAUGGGGUUCGCUCUGUUUUCAACAGCACAGUUCGCUGUUGCGGCCAAGGAUACACUUCAGGAUCUGGUGUUUGAUGCGGAUUCUAAGUCUGUAUUACAUACCGAAAUGGCCAAGAAAAAUCUAUUUGUUAAGAGAGGAAUAGUAGCGGAUGCAAAUGCUUAUGAUCAGAGUAAGCGCUUACGAACUGUUGGUGACUACACACACACUGGUUAUAGUCCGUCUCCCUACCAUCCUCCACCUCCUCCUGUAUGGGGACCACCUCAUGGGUACAUGGCUCCUGCCCCUCCACCGUAUGACCCCUAUGGUGGGUAUCAUCAUGUCCCUCCUGUACCGAUGCCUUCACCCUCACCUCUAGCAGCUCCUAGUUCAUAUGUGCCUGUCCAGAAUAUUAAGGAUAAUCCUCCAUGCAAUACACUGUUUAUCGGUAAUAUCGGUGAGACUAUAAAUGAGGAAGAGUUGAGGAGCCUGUUCAGUGCGCAACCUGGUUUCAAACAAAUGAAGGUUCUGAGACAGGAAAGGCAUACGGUUUGUUUUAUCGAAUUCGAGGAUGUCAAUAGUGCGACAAAUGUUCACCAUACUUUGCAAGGUGCUGUUAUUCCAAGUUCUGGUUCAGUUGGCAUGCGGAUUCAAUAUUCAAAGAAUCCAUUCGGGAAGAGGAAGGAAGGCAGCCAUCCGUUUCCCCCAUCGCCAAGUGCUAAUGGAGCUCCACUGGCAUUGACUUAUCAGUAGCCUGAGCUCUGAAGGGGAUGUACUCUGUUCUUUAUAUUCCAACAACUUGCACAAUAGGAUGCAUCACACAAGCUGCAAAAUGCAUCCAUUUCAUUGCCAACAUUAGCAUCAGCAUUUGCUUCUCAUUUGGUGAUGGAUGCAUAUAGUGAUGCCAUCAAACAUAACAUGCCCUGUUUCUGUAACUUUGCUACAUGCAUUGCCUGUUUAAUUAUCUAGGAGCUCUGUUUGUCUGUCUGUUUUUUUUUAUGUAUGAUUCCUCGCUUGACUAAUAUCUAGGCAGUAACUUUCACAUAACACUACAUAGCAUUAACAUGCUGGCAUCUGGAGGAUUUCAUCCGAGCUUCAUUUUCACGGCUGGUCAUCAUCACGAACUGUCAUUAUCGAAUGCGGGUCAUCAUUCUUCAGCAUUUACCCAUUUCAUCAUAACUAUGUCUUUUACUUGCGUUGAUUAAGGAAAACGUCCAUCUUUUUCAGUUGUCGAAGUAGACAACUGGUAACAUUCUCGGUAGUUCAGGCGAAGCAUAUGUCCCGAUUUGGACUAAUGCAGGGAUUGUCGUUGAGGAAAAGCUAUGUGCAGGGAUUCUUGUUGAGGAAUUUGGCUGGAGACUGCCGACUGUUCAUGGUGGUUUCUUCCUCAACUGAUGUCAGGUGUUGGUUUCAGUUCCUUGUUUUUACCCAAACUCAUCUGUGUUCAAAUUCUGUCCAAAAGGUACACUAGAAGGCAAACAUGGGCUUCUCUCCUCCUUUGAGUUUGUGGUUGGUGUUUACCCUCUUCUCUACAUUUUAAGUGGUUUUUUUUUUUAUUUCAAUUCUCAUGGGUGGUUUUUGAGGA